AUGGAGGUAUUGCCAGGUGUGCACCAAGUCAAAGGACUUGAUAAAAUGCCGCAACUUCCCCUCCAAAAUGAAGCAAGGCAUGGUUCCACUGUGGCCCCUUUCUUUAGGUUUGCAAUUAAAAUUCCUCCAACCCGCACCUCCCAGGACCCGAUAAUCACCUUUGUUGAUGGAGCCAAGGAGAAUGGACACUUCUCUAAAGAAGUGCUUUUGGCCUCCAGAGGUGGUGCCAAGAUGUACCGGACAUGGCUCCACCUUAUCCCAUUGUCUCCCAGCAAAAUGGACAACGCACCUGUGCAGGCGUUGCCUGUGACAUCAGCUGGACGCAACAGCACACACAAGGUUUCUGCACUUGCGUCACUGACCUCCCUGUGUCCAUGCGCAUUGACAUCACUAUCAGAGAAUCAGCCUCAUUACAACAAAUCACCGAUCUUGAAACCCUUUUCCCAGCCUCAGUCUUUCCCCGAGCAGAAAAGUUUGGAUCGGUUUUCGUUCAAGAUGCCCGGGAUUUGGAUGUUCCAUUAUCUGAUACUUUGUGUGUUGACGCGAACCGCUCUCGGGCUGCUGCUGGGAGCGGAUUUGACCCAGUGCUCACCAAGCCUGGUAGGAAAUCAAUGGCAGGAGCCACCAUCUCUGGGUUGCAAACUUUGCCACUGUUUACAAUUGGGCAAAGAUCUCUUCCAGGAAUGUGAAACACCGAUGAGGCCUUCAGCUUGGCCAAUUGGAUGUGAAAGGGUUCGUGUUGACUGCAACUACACAAUAGUAAGAACAAAUAGACCUGAUGUUCAUUGCUCAGGAUGGUCAUACACUAGCUACAAAUACCUCAUCCGAGUGACUGGAUUUGUUUGGGAUGCAGAAACUGGAGCGAUUGGCACACCGGAAUUAAAACAAACUGAUUUCACACAACAGUCGCCCUCAGACAUCAAACAACAGAAACAGAUCCGAAACACAGGAAGCCCAGCUCAACUGAACAGCAUUAAAAAACAAAAAAGACGACUGAAAGCCAAAUUAAGUACUAAAAAAAAGCGAAAACAAUCAUAGAUGUUUUAUUAAGCAAGCAUUAUGAAUUUUACAUAGUAGUUUGACAAGCGGUCUAGGUAUAUACUUCAUACUAAUUAUAUAUUAAAAUAAUUAAUACUAUUUAAGCAGUUCAAACUGGCACAUGUAAUUAAGAAAUGAUGUUGAGGCAGAUUUUGGAAUAAGCCUAGCAUACGUAUACGGUUAAAUUUGAAAGCUAUAAAUAUUGAGAUGUGAGGUUCAGAAAAUGCACAGCUGACCAAGAAAUACACGUAAAUUACCAGAUGAGGAUGCCCAAUGGUACAGGAACUUAGUUACAGCCAAAGCAAGAUAUUCACCCAUCUCGUGGAUGUCAACUGGCCUGCUGUGCUUUUCUCUUUUCACACCUGCACUUUACAAUAGGAAUACCAUGUUCCUAGACUACACAGGAUGUGCAAUUUCACUUGCAGUCCUUCCAAAGAACAUUGCUGUAGGUUGUUUUGAUUCACAUUACUACCACCACUUUUUUGAUAGCUUGAAUUGUGUAUCCAUUUAUGACUAGAAGAAUUACUAUUGGCAAAGACACAUUCUGCUUUAUUUUCUUUAAUACUGAAUGAUACCAAUUAAGAAUAUUGACUCUCCUGUGCAAAUUAUUAACAUUGGCCGACUGCAUGAGGACCUAGACUUGACCAAACCAGUACUUAUUUGCUUGUAAAGGUAACUACAAACAGAAAAAUACUUCCUACUUUCAAAAAAACUUCAAUAAACCUCUGCUGAAACUCUUGACAUAAAAUAUAUUUUAAAAUCUAUAUGUUUAUAUAUAUGUGGAAUUAAGUUUGGAGCACCAAUUUUGUUUCAGUUUGGUGGGCUCAGGUAACGAAUUACCUACAAUGCUGCAGGAGGGAUAUUUCGAGAAGACUGUUGACUGUACCAUGGACAUAAUUUGUAACCUCCACAGAAAGGAAGGUACUGUCAUCACUAUAUUACUAACGUAAUGACAUGUAGUCAUAUAGUCACAAUUCUAUGUCUGUUCAUGAUUGAACUUAAAUGACAUAUGUUCUUCAAUAAAAAUGUUCAGAAUUGUGAGAGACCAAAAGUUGCCAUUGAAACAUCUCUAAAAAGUAUUGUCAUAAAAUAUUAAUUGCAAUUUGAUGGCAGAUUUUGUUCCUAAUUUCUCAAAGCUACUUUUAUUCCAGUGAGUUUAUUUCCAGGAUCCACCAGUAGAAACUUGUAAAUGGCUAAUGGCCCAAUCAUUAUACUUGUCAAUAUUUUCCCAAUGCAUUUAAUUUGGAACUUCAUUAUUGCACAUCUUUAAAAAAAACUAUCAGUUACAUCCCUUCAUACUGGAGUUGCGUGAAAGAAAAAUAAAAGCAAAAGACAUACUUUACCUGAGAUAUCAGCAAAGUAUGAACACAGACAAUGUCAAAGGCAUUACAAUAUCAUUUAUAUAUCUUAAUUGUACAGUUAGUGUUUAUGUAACAGCAGUGUUUGAGAUUUAGUACAAUGAAUGUUCUGUUCUCUGUAAAUGUCCCACUUUUUAUUUUGAAUAGAUUUGUUCAUGGGAUGUGGGCAUUAAAGCCGAGGCCUAUUGCCCACUCCUAAUUUCCUUCAAGGUGGAGAUGAGCUGUAUUCACAAACCACUGCAGUCCAAAUGUUGUCAGUACACCUAAAGGUUGCUAUUAGGGAAUUCCAGAAUGUUGAUGCAGUGUUAGUGAUGAAAGGCAAAUUAAUCCCAAGUCAGAAUGGUAUGCAACUUGGACAGGGACUUGAAGAUGGUGGAAAAGUACAUAACAAUGUGUACCCGAGUACUGUGCUCUGGUCACAAAUGAAGGCUAUUUGUAGGAUGAAGAAGAAAACUAUAAAUAAUAGGUUAGUAGGUGUAUAAACAGAAUUGUUUUCUUAUGAAAGCCCACCCAGCCACAUACUCAAAGUAAGGUGGGGACAGGGAUGGUUGGUAGGGUAAGAAAUAGGGACAGGCAGGUUCACAAAGGAAGUAAUUUAGUCCAAAAAAAAUGUACUAAUGUAACAGCACUUUAUUCUGGACAAGUGUGCGCGGACAAGGUCAAAUAUUUGUAAGGAAAUUGUAGGAGUAAAUAAUUGUCACAUAAUUUUAGGUGUUUAUUAUGAAAUCCAAACUAUAGCAACCAGUUACAGUUAAAAAUUUUCAAUCUAACAAUGAUAACACAGUGUGGAGCUGGAGGAACACAGCAGGGCAGGCAGCAUCAGGGAGCAGGAAAGUUGACGUUUUGGCUCAGGACCCUUCUUCAGAAAUGGGUGGGGGGCAGGGGAGGGUAGAAGGGAGCUGAGAAAUAAAUAAGGAGGGGAGGGUAGGUGGGAUGGCGAUAGGUGAGUGCAAGUAGGGAGUGGUGGGGAUUGGUCAGUGAGAUGGGAGGAGCAGAUAGGUGGGAGAGAAGAUGGACAAGUUCUGUCAGGUCACGGAGGUGGGAAUGAGAGGGAGGGUUGGUCAUGGUAUGAGGCUGGGGGUGGGAAGAUUUUGCAAACAAUCUAGUUCACUCUCCUUGACCAAGGAGCUGAAUGGUUUGGCACAGAAAUGGCACAAAUUCGUUUGUAUUACUGCAAAAUUUUGUAAAGGGAAAGGCUUCAGUCUUGGAGAUAGUUGGAACUGCCACUGCUGGAGUCUGAGAACAACAAGGUGUGGAGCUGGAUGAACACAGCAGGCCAGGCAGCAUCAGAAGAGGCAUCCUUAGAAGAGGCUUCACAGUGGGGUUAAAACUCACUCAGAGAUAGUAGGUCAGCCUUGAUGUUUAACUGAACAAAGAUGUGCUUCAGCUAAGACUGGAUUUCUGA